AUGUUCAAACAAAUUAUCGUCAUUUCCGCAUUUGUUUCGGUUGCGAUUGCUGGUGGUUUGAAAACCGCUGGUUAUGGUGUUGGCUAUGGUGCUGGCUAUGGUGCUGGCUAUGGUGGUCUUAUUGCAUCCGGUCCAGCUCUAGCUCCUGGUUUAGCUCUUGCUGCUCCUGCUCUUGCUCCAGCUGCCUUGGUUUCCGGUCCCGCAUAUGCUAAAACAGCAGCUUAUGCUUCUGCUCCGGCUAUUGUAACGGCUGCCGUACAAUCACGACAUCAUGUCCAAUAUUAUGAUGUUCCAACUACUCGUCAAAUUACACCAAUUACCAUUGAUGUUGGUGCCAAUGUUAUUCCUGUCAACAUGAUUUUCCGAUCGGCAUCAUCACAAUUGAAUGUUGAACAAAAUCAUCUUAAUCAAGGCGGUAGUGUACAAGAAACAGCUAGUCAAGAUGAACCACAUAUAUUGCGUCAUAGUGUUCAAAAACCUAUUCUUCAAGAAAUUAGAGAAGUCAUUAUUCCAAUGCGACGAAUCCAACAGGAAAUUCAGCCAGUACAGGAAGAAGUUUCCACUUUGGUCGCUCGUGGACAUCAACAAACUGUUGUUGCAGCUGCCCCUGUUGCUGCUGCUCCAGUUGUUGCCGCAGCCCCAAUUGCUGCAGCCCCAGUUGUCGCCGCAGCCCCAGUUGCCCCAGUAGCUGCUGUUUCCGCUGGCCCAGCUUUAGUUGCUUCAGGUCCAGCUUUGGCUGCUGCCCCGAUAUCUGCUGUUUCCGCUGGCCCAGCUUUUGUUACCGGAUCUGCUUUGGCUUCACCAGCUUUAAUUGCUGCUGGUCCAGCUGAAUUUGCUGGUACUACUACUUUGCUUGCUCAAGGUGGUCCUGGUUUUGCUUUUGGUAAUGGACAAUUUGCAGGAGCUGCUCCAUUUUUUGCCGGUAAACUCAAAUAUCGUAAAUAAAUCGUAUUGAACAAAAAAUCAAUACUCGCACACACACACCACAAAUACCAAUCACCUCGAGACCUCUUCUGGAUAAUUGAAAGAAACAAAAAAACACCCACUCUUUCACACAUCACCAUCCUACACAGUUGAAUUUGAAUUAUGAAAAAAAGCCACACGCUUACAUCACAGUAAAUAUUGUUUUGAGCUUAUUUUUGUAUCCACAAAUCACCGAAUCAAUCAAUCAAUUAUUCAUUUU